GGCCGGAACCUGGGCCGGGGUUGGAAGGAUGAGGAGGCCGGGGCAGUGGCCAGCCUGGGGGCCGAGGCACAGGCCGAAGGAGGAGGCUGGGGUCUGGGUUGAAUGGGGCAGGGGCGGGGUCGAGGCGGAGGCCUGGUGGGUCUUAUCCGGGACGGUGCCAGGUGGGGGCUCUGACCCGCGCAUCAUCACCGAGAGGCCGAGCCUCGGCUGCUAGAGUGACACCGGAAGGGGCGGGUCUGUGGGCGGGCGCUUCCUGCGGCUGGGCUGACCCGGCGGGGUCGGCGCCAGUAGGACUGGAGCGGCCAGGGAUCGGGGAGGCGGCGCGGUCUCCAGCCGCGGUUCCCAGCUAGGGCUCGCCUGCCCCGCCCACCCUCCGGCCGUCUCCAGCCAGCGUGCACAGUAAGCAGAGAAGUGAGAAUUCCAGUCUCCGCCUUUAAGCACCUGCCAGCUUGAGUUGAGCAGACAAGACUGUUACCAAGAAUGGUUUCUGAGGGUGGGUGCCGGCCACAUGCACUGGGGCUGAUGAGUUCGAAUCCUGCCCGGGCCUGCUAAAAACAAACAAGAAAAGAAUGGUUUCUGAGCACAGUCUUUGACAGGGAUUUGGAGAAGAGAAAGACAUGCUUCUUGCCCUCAGGAAUCCCUGCCUGAGUAAACUGGCACAUCAGUGUUACUUCACAUGUGGAGUGACAGGUGUCCCGGUGGAAGAAACUCAGUGCUGUGGCGCACAGCGGACCCCCACAGGCCUGGAGCCAGCAGUGUCUGGUUCCCAGGGUUCACAGGCCACUCCCUUCCAUCAGGUGGACUCCAUCUAGAGCCCAGUGGCCCAGCAGUGGGCUCCUGUAGUUCAGCCCCCACUGCCGGAAGCAUGAGGGAGAAUCUCAUUAUGUCACCCUUGGUAGAGUGCCAUGGCAUUGCAGCUCACAGCUACCUCAAACUCUUGGGCUUAGGCGAUUCUCUUGCCUCAGCCUCCCAAGUAGCUGGUAUAAGGGCAUUUUAUGUAUUACCUGGGAAAGAAGGUGCAUGGGAAAGAAGACGAGGAAGGCCAGGCAUCCCCCCUCAGUUGGAGAGGAUUGGAAGUACUAAUGCAGUGAAGCCUGUGAGCAUAUGACUUGUGUCUCAGCUCCAUUUCCUACUAAAGCUCAAUCCCAAGCUGCCUGGUUGACCAAGAACUAAUACAAAGAAUUUGGAAUAUUAUUACUGAGAACACCACAUUUUUGGCAGCAAGAGGACAGGCAGCCCUUUCCUUCCUGGUGUGAAGUGUCAGUCACACACUGGGAACAUGGAACAUUCCCAAGGAGGCGGCACCACAGAGAGGGGUGCCAAUAGUCCCAAAGUUCUAGCAGCUCAGGCUGCAGACCCUUAGUCACACGGCUUCCAAGGAACAGAGAGAAAGAUGGAAAAGCCUGCAGGCAGAAAAAAGAAAACACAGCUGCUAGGGGAGGAAGCAGACAUGCAGAAAGAUGCUCCUAAAGAAGAAAAAGCAGCUGGGGGAAAAAAGCCAAACAAGAGAUCCACCCUGGCCAAAAAGCACAGUAAGGAGCCAGGCUUGAGUCCUGAGGACGAAGAGCACAUCUUUGACGCCUUCGAUGCUUCCUUCAAAGAUGACUUUGAAGGAGUUCCUGUGUUCAUUCCUUUUCAGAGGAAGAAACCUUAUGAAUGUAGUGAAUGUGGGCGAAUUUUUAAGCACAAGACAGAUCACAUCCGCCAUCAGCGAGUACACACCGGAGAAAAGCCCUUUAAGUGUGAUCAAUGUGGGAAGACCUUCCGGCACAGUUCGGACGUCACCAAACAUCAGAGGAUUCACACGGGAGAGAAGCCCUUCAAAUGUGGGGAGUGCGGGAAGGCCUUCAACUGCGGCUCCAAUCUCCUGAAGCACCAGAAGACACACACUGGAGAGAAGCCUUAUGAAUGUAAGGAGUGCGGGAAAGCCUUUGCCUACAGUUCCUGUCUGAUUCGCCAUCGGAAGCGCCACCCGCGGAAGAAGCCCUGAGCACAGGGAAGCUGCUGCUCACUCCUCCUUGGCAGGCCUGCGGGGGGACUCCCUCCUCCUCUUUCCUUCCAUGUCCAGUCCAGGCCUGGAGUCACAUGCCUCAGGCUGCUGGUCCCUGUUGUGCCCAGGAAAAUCAACCCCAUGGGAUAUGGGAACACCCAGGCAGGCCAGAGGCCUUUCUCCUCCAGAUGACCCCUUUAGGUCAAGACAGCAAGAUCCUGUGGAAGCUCCUCAAGGCCCCAUGCAGCUACAGGCCACUCUGCCGGGCUUUGCAAUGCCCUUGGGACCAGCAGCAGAGACAGGUGAGCAUAACAACUGCCAUGAUGCUGCACAAGCCCACCCAGCGGGAGAGGCCCCGGUGCCAGGGACCAGCUUCUCCUGCCACCACCUCUGCUUGUGGUGUCCACUCUGCUUGGACCCUUUCAAGGCUCCAGCCUGUGGGCCCUCUGCCCUCUGGGUCCCCACGGUAGACAGAAGUGCACUGCAGUGAGCUCUGGUGACCCAGGUGCCCACUGGGCUGUGCCAGACCCCACUGAUCUCUGCUCACCUGGUUUCAGUGACCAUCCUGUGGUUUGUCUUCUGGCGGGAGCACCAGCUGCCAGAACUGGGCCACACCAUAUGUCCUGGCCCAGCAGUCAUGCCAGAGGGAUGGCUUGACUCACCUGGAGAGACCACCCGGGGACCUGGGCUCCUCAGGCCUUGAACCCACCACUAUGGGUAACUUCCUCGCAGCCAUGUAGUAGGACCCCCCCGUGUUGACAAGCAGCCUCCAUCCAAUCUGUGUCACACCUUCAGAUAUGAGUGGUGACCCCAGCCCCAUGACAGCCCUGCACUCAGGUAAGUUGGCUUCCCCUGUAUCUCCCUCUUCUACAAGGCUCCUCCCUUGGUGUCCAGCUAAGAGUGGUCUGUGUGGGGCGCCUUUUGUCCAGUGGACCUGUGGUUUAUAAGAGGGCAGUGACAUUAUUUGACUUUCUCAGCCAGGAAGUAAAUAAUGGCUUUUUACUGGGAAAAGUUGGCACCUAUGUUUUCAGCUGGAUACAGAAAGCUAGUAAUAGCUGUAGUCUUUGAGGAUUCUGAGAGAAGGGUCUCAAGUUGGAGCCACAGAUGGGCUUGUUCCUCAAGCAGUCACAGAAAUCAUCCAAGGGGACAGUGCCUGUGGCUCAGUCGGUAAGGCGCCGGCUCCAUAUACCAAGGGUGACGGGUUCAAACCCGGCCCCGGCCAAACUGCAACCAAAAAAUAGCCGGGCGUUGUGGCGGGCGCCUGUAGUCCCAGCUACUCGGGAGGCUGAGGCAAGAGAAUAGCUUAAGCCCAGGAGUUGGAGGUUGCUGUGAGCUGUGUGAGGCCACGACACUCUACCGAGGGCCAUAAAGUGAGACUCUUGUCUCUACAAAAAAAAAAAAAAAGAAAUCAUCUAAGGGAGGGGGCCACCCCAAAUGAUAGAGAAUACUUGUGAUCUGGUGGGAAACUAUCAGGGUCUUCCUUUUUUUUUUUUAUUAAAUCGUAGCUGUGUACAUUAAUGCAAUCAUGGGGCACCAUGCACUGGUAGGGUCUUUCUAAAAGCUGUAACACGCUAAGGCCUCUGCGUGGGCCCAGCUGGCCCCGGACAGCAUAUGAAAUUGCCACUCCCCUUCCACUUCCAAGAACGUUUUCAAUCCCUGUUCUCACAGAUUUAUUUAAAGAACUUUCCUAGGGCGGCACCUGUGGCUCAGUGAGUAGGGUGCCGGCCCCAUGUACCGAGGGUGGCGGCUUCAAACCCGGCCUCAGCCAAACAAUAACAACAACAAAAAUAUCCAGGCAUUGUGGUGGAUGCCUGUAGUCCCAGCUACUCUGGAGACUGAGGCAAGAUAAUCGCCUAAGCCCAAGAGCUGGAGGUUGCUGUGAGCUGUAACGCCACGGCACUCUACCGAGGGCCACAAAAUGAAACUCUGUCUCCAAAACAUAAAGAAAGAAAGAACUUUCCUAAAUACACACCAAGCAUCUGUCUUCUUCUGACUGCUCACACUGGCCAGUGUAGCCCAAGGAAUCCACCUUGUGGCUCACGGAACCUGGGCACUGUGUGGGGCCUUAGCCCCAGCUUCUCUCUCUCAUUUCCCAAGGGGGUGCACUGACAGGUGGUGAGCACCAGUUCUCCCCCCACCACCAAAAAAAAUAAUAAUAAAACAGCUAGAACUAGAAAAUAAAAUUGACGUAAGUCCCAAACUAAAUGAAAACUUGCCAUAGUUUAGUCUCUGGCUCAGUCAGCUUCCUACACCACAAGUCUCAGAGCCCAGCCACAUGCACCCAGUCAGGUCCUGCCCUAGGCCAUCAUCACAGGCCCCUAGAGGGAUGUCCAAGGUCAGGAGCAGCACUCAUGCCCUGGGCUGGCCGUGAACCUCAGCAGGCUGGUCCAGAAGGAAGGUCCUCAGAACACAUGCUUUGUUUAUGUAGUUGUGGUCACCUGCUGGCCCUGCAGUGUUGGGACCGAGGUUGUGUUGGCCUUCACUAGACAUGUCCCGGGUGUUCUGUGCAGAUGACCACACUGCAGGGGUCACCCGUGUCCAGGUGCACAGGUGAUUCUCAGCUUCCAUCAGAGGGAAGCCCUUGGGCCUGCAGCCUCCUCACUAUCCUGCACCAUGGUCACCACUGGAGGCAGCACCAUCAAGUCCUCCCUCCUGGUAGCUGGGGGAAGGGGACAUGUCCCGUACUAUUGUGUGCCUGCCCAUGCCAUGACUGGGUCCCGCACUGCCAGGGCACAGAAGACCAUUCUUCCCAGUCUGGCUCCCUGGGGCUACAGUCAGCUCACUGCUUUCUGCAUGGGGGUAAGGAAAACGAGGUGGAGGGCAGCCCUAGUUCAUCUGGACUGUUCCUGGAUGCUGCAGGUGGACCUGGGCAGCACUAUUCCUCCCUAGGCCAGAAUGUUCAUGUCCCAGAUCUCUCUGGAAUCUCCUUGUGCCAUUGUUCCCUGGAGCUGCCCUGCCUGGGCUGGACUCCUUAGAUAGCUGUCUUCAGGAGAGGAAGCCUUGUGAUCCCAGAAAGAGAGAACUGAUAAGGUGAAAUUAUGCAAAAGCAGGUGUCAUCUGCCUAGAAGACACAGGUCACAUGCAAUCCUGGAAUGGAAGAGCUGCUGAAAAGGCUUUGGGGGACCUGGAACCUGGACUGUGGCCUGGGUGGCAGCUGGACCUGUGGCCUGGGUGGCAGCUCAGCAUCAGCUCUUCAUGGAUGACGGCCCUCUUAGGCAAAGGCCUUGCUAAGAUGCAUGCUAAGGUUACCAGGCACAGAUUAUGAUGUCUACAACUUACUCUGAAAUGUUCAACAAAAAAAUAAAGUAUGCCGAUGGGUACUGAGAAAGUGACAAAGCAGAUUGGCUACGUGUCAGUCAUUCAUGAGUCUGGGGCAGGAGUUGGCUGGCGUUUUUAUAUAAAGGGCCAGAUAGUAACUGUUCUUGGCUUUGCAGCUGUUGAUCUGUGCCACCGCUCAACCACUGUGUAGGGCAGCAGCAGUUGCAG